GACUACAAGCCCCAGGUUGCUCCAGGCUGCCGGGGGCGGUGCCGGCUGCGCCCGUAGUCUUCGUUCCGCCACGCGCUGCGCAGUAUGGCCGGCUUCGCCGAUCUGAACGUGCCGCAGGGCGCGGACAGGAAGGCCGUGCAGAGCCUGCUGGAGACCGCAGCGCAUCUGGGAUAUUCUGCAGUUGCUCUUAAUCACACCGUCGAUUUUAAAGAAAAGAAACAGGAAAUAGCCAAGCCGGUAUCUCCAUCAGAGCUGUUUCCAUCUUUGCCUAUUGUGCAGGGGACAUCUAAAAGACUUAAAGUCUUAACCCGGCUGACACUUGUUGUUUCUGAUCCUUCCCACUGUAAUCUCUUGAGGUCUACAUCUACAAAUAUAAGAUUGUAUGACAUCAUAGCUGUAUUUCCAAAGACCGAGAAAUUGUUCCAUAUUGCUUGCACAACUCUUGAUGUGGAUCUAGUCUGUAUAAAUGUAACAGAGAAGCUUCCGUUUUACUUCCGAAGGCCUCCUGUAAAUAUGGCAAUAGAUCGAGGCAUUUACUUUGAACUUCUUUACACACCUGCCAUCAAAGACUCCACAAUGAGAAGAUACACAAUUUCAAAUGCGAUCAGCCUGAUGCAGAUCUGCAAAGGAAAGAACAUCGUUAUAUCUAGUGCAGCUGAAAGACCUCUAGAACUACGAGGUCCUUAUGAUGUGGCUAAUCUAGGCUUGCUGUUUGGCUUGUCUGAAGGCGAAGCCAAGGCAGCUGUGUCCACCAACUGCAGAGCCACUAUGCUUCAUGGAGAAACUCGGAAGAGUGCCUGUGGGGUAGUGUACACAGUGAAGAAGCUUCACAAAAUUGAGGAGGAAGAAACUGUGCCAGCCUGCAAAAAGGCUAAGACUCAAGCUUGAACCAGUUGUCAACAGGAGCCUCCGCACAGUCUUUACUCAGUGGCUGAGUCUUCCUCCACCUUCCGACUGGCUUGGUUCCUCACUUACUGAUUUUUUUAUUUUUUUUUUUAGCCUAAAGAAUAAUUAUUUUUCUGGUUUAAGUGAGGAGUUCUGUGGGAAUCCUAUUGCUGGGCUUCUGGACAAGGGCAGGAGGGAAUCACUCCACCUUGUCCUGGGUCUUCUGGAAUCAGUGAACUUGCACAAUAGAAAGUAUCCCUAAGACAGAAACAUUGUGUCAACUGCAUUUUUUUUUUUUUCUUUUUUUUUUUAAUUAAAAAUGGUUUCAAGAAGGCAUGCCUGUAAAGUCUCACUCUUAUAGUAACUAAAGUUUUAAAACAUGUCUCUGUACUAAACCUUAGAACCAGGAGUCAGUAAAGUUUACCUUAAAUGGCCUGAGAGAAUAAUUGUGCAGUAAAAACUUUAUCUGCUCUC